AUGUCAGACCUUCCUGAUCUCUUACUUGCAUCUCUUGAACCUCUAACCCGAAAACAAGCCGAGCACAGUCUUUCUACCUACAGCCAACAACAAGGCUUUCUUUCUCAUCUUCUUCGCCUCGUCUUAGAUCAGUCACAAAACAAAUCUGUACGUCUAUCGGGGAGUGUCUACCUGAAGAAUGUGUCAAAAUCUAGAUGGGAAGAUGAUGUACAGCCAAUCGUAGAGCAAGACAAAGCAGCUCUGAGGGCCGAGCUUGUACCAGCCAUGCUAGCUCUUUCUAACCCCGCAGACAAAUCUAUACGCGCGCAAAUAGCAGAGGCUGUUUCACUGAUUGCUGAACUCGAUUUCCCAACGCGCUGGGAAAAUCUAAUCGAUCAACUAGUCGCUUCACUUUCACCCACAGACUAUAACAUAAAUAUCGGUGUGCUACAAACUGGCCACUCAAUUUUCCGUCAUUGGCGCGCACACGUCCGUUCAGACCUGCUCUUCACGGAAAUCAAUCUGGUAUUCUCAAAAUUCAUGACGCCGUUCCUGCAGUUGUUCAGACAAACAGCAUCAUUACUUACCCAACCUGGUCAAAGCAAAGAUCAAUACACGCUUUUAGCUCAGAGUAUGGUCCUGCUUGUUGAUAUCUACUACGACUUCACAUGCCAGGAUCUUCCUCCUUCAAUUGAAGAUACUCAUUUGGAGUUUUUUGGUGCAAACGGAGGCUAUUUCACAGUACUUAUGAGCUGGGAUCCAGCUGAACUUAAGGGAGAUUCUGAAGACACAACUGCAUCUCUUCCAUCCCAAAUAAAAACCCGUAUCCUCGAGGUCCUCGAACUUUUCAUCAAACUCUUCCCAGAAACUCUCCAGACGUCAAAUGCCGUCGAAACGUUCGUUCAGGCCGUUUGGUCUUUGAUUGGGUCCAAUCGACUUCCGAACGUUUCUGACGACAUGCUUGUGUCGCAGUCGCUCAAAUUUAUCUCGACGGCCCUCCGUUCCGGGUUUUACAAGUCCUCUAUAUUCUCUGCGCCGGGAAUCAUACCUACUUUGAUUGAAGGCAUUGUCGUGCCCAAUACCACUCUCCGGGAGCACGACAUAGAACAGUUCGAGGAUGAUCCCCUAGAGUAUGUUCGUUUGGACUUGGCGGUCAGUGCUGCUGGUACGGAUACAGCUACUCGAAGGCAAUCCGCGAUGGAUGUAUUACAAACUCUCGUCUCGUCUGGAUACGAGGUAGAAGCAACUGAAAUUGUAGGAGGGUGGAUAAACAAAGGUUUGACGGAGUACCAAUCCAAUAAGGAGGUCAAUUGGAAAGCAAAAGAUACCGCGAUCUAUCUUUUGACGGCUGUUGCUACGCGAGGUGUCACUACACAGCAAGGAGUCACUUCGACCAAUGCGCUGGUGGAUGUCGUCAAAUUUUUCUCCGAUCACGUCUUUCAGGAUCUACAAGCUGCUCCGGGGAGCGUCCAUCCAAUCCUGCAGGUCGAUGCGAUACGGUUUUUGUAUACUUUCCGGAACCAAUUAACCAAACCUCAAUUGCUUUCUGUACUCCCUCUACUCAUCAAGCAUCUGGAUUCGGACAACUACGUCACAUACACAUAUGCGGCGAUUACUAUUGAUAGGAUUUUGUUCAUUAGACAGAAUGGGCAGCUCUUAUUUGCACAAGCUGACAUACGCGACUUUGCUUCUGAACUUCUUGGAGUCCUGCUAUCCAAGAUUGAGCGGGCUGGGAGUGCGGAAAAGGUGGCGGAGAACGAUCACCUAAUGAAAUGCGUCAUGCGUGUAAUACUCACUGCCCGACAAUCCCUGACACCAUCUCACGAACAAAUUCUCAACCGGCUCGUAGCUAUCCUCGGCGUCAUCUCGAAAAAUCCGAGUAAUCCAAAGUUUGAUCAGUAUAUCUUCGAGAGCCUGUCCGCGCUGAUGAGAUUCGUGACAUCUGGAUCUCCUGCGACGAUACCAACGUUCGAAAAUGUUCUUUUCUCGCCAUUCACUAUCAUUCUUGAACAGGAUAUUGAUCAAUAUGUGCCUUACGUCUUCCAACUCCUAGCACAACUCCUCUCUCUCCGUCCCAUUUCUGAGCCUAGUCCAGCCCAAUACAAAGCACUGUUACCAUAUAUUCUAACUCCCACUACAUGGGUACAACAAGGAAGUAUUCCUGGGCUGGUGAAGCUUCUAAAGGCAUACUUGCAACGAGACGCAGCUCAGAUGCUCAAAGAGGGGCAAGUAGUGUCAGCGUUGGGGGUUGUGCAGCAGCGGUUAAUUCCGUCGAAGAACAAUGAUGUAUAUGGGUUUGAGCUGAUGCAAGCUGUGCUUGCGUUUGUGGAUGUGUCUCCAAUUAAGCAAUACAUAAAAACUAUCAUGUUAAUCAUCCUAACCCGGAUGCAAAACAGCAAAACGGACAAAUUCGUUCACCUUUUAACGCGGUUUGUGCUUUUCAUUAUGGCGGCGAAUAAGGAGGGCCUUGGACCGGAUUAUGUGAUUGAAAUGUUUGAGAGCAUUCAGCCAGGUCUAUGGGGGCAAAUUUUAAAGAACUUCGUGUUACCUCUUGUACCAAAAAUGCCCUUCAAGGAACGAAAGAUGACGGCGGUCGGCAUGACGCGGCUGCUCUUCCAGAGUAACCUGUCUGUCCAAGAGCCUUCUGUGCAGACUUGGCCUGCCGCUCUUCAAGCCCUCAUAAAACUCUUCUCUGAACCCCAGUACUUGUCGCAAUCCAAAACUUCUGAGGAUGAAGGUUUUUCUGGAAUAACCGAAAUCGAUCAUGAGGAACAAACUGCUGGAUAUCAAGCGGCGUACUCACGUUUGGCAGCUUCAGAGUCUGCUGAGAGUGAGAUUGAUCCUGUAGCGUAUGUCAGCGAUCCUCAGCAGUUCCUCGGGGAGCAGUUCGUUGCUUUUGGAAGGACGGGUGGCAGGACGGGUGCAUCGAGUUUGCAGCAGCUUCUGAGCAAGGGUGAUCCAAGGGUGAUUCAGCCAUUUGUGGGGUCAUUAGCAGCAGCAGGGUUUACGAUAUAA